AUGGAAAAAUUAGAAAAUCAUAAAAAUUAAACAAGCUUUAGUUCUUUAUUUUGUCUUAAUAAAUUAAAAGUAAGAACACAAGUUUUAAUAAUUCAAGUGAUAAUUCAAUUUUUAAUAGGAACUUUAUUAACAUUAAUAAGUUAUUUAGCAUAUUAAUACAUUAUUGAUAUGUACUCAAAUAUCUCACUAGAAUUCUAUGUUCUAUAAUAUUACAAAAAAACAGAUAUGAUUACUAAUUUAUAAGUAAGAAGUUCUUAGGAAGUAUUACUUAGAAGUUAAACUCAUCUAUUAAAGUCUGAUUUUUUAUAUCAAUUCAUCUAAUCAGUAGAGUUGUAAUAUGUACAGCAGCCAUUGAAUUGUCUAAACUAUGAUGAUAAAUUAGACAAAUAUUAAUAUGAAUAAACAUUUUGUUAUGGCUUUUUUGGAGAUUAAGCAUAUCCUCUUACAAAUAAAGACUUUUUGGCAAUGAAUUAUUCUUCCUUUUUAACUUAAGUUUUACCAAUAAUGGAUAUGGAAUUAGAUUUGUUAUUUUCUACAAUUGGUGAUCAAAUGUACUUUUCUAUUUGGCCAGGUGAUCCUUUUCCAAAUUAUAAACCUCAUAGAAGAAUAUGGUAUACAAACCAUUUGAAGUAGAUAGAAUAAUAAAAUUACAAUUUGACUUAUUUUAGUGAUCCUUAUAUAUUAUGGACUUGGUUUUUGUUUAUGGUAACUCAAACUAGAAAUAUGACAAAUUUAAAUGGAGGAUUGAAUGGUGUUUUGGGAAGUGAUUUAAAUUUUAGUCUAUUUCAUACUUUAUAAUUGAAGUAAGAAAAUGUAACUUUUUCAAUAAUUGAUUCAAAAGGACAAUUUCUUUUGAGUUAAUUUAAUAUAAGUGAGGAUAAAUACAUUUAUGAUACUGAUAUAUCAGGAUAUACAAUGGAGGAUUUUGAAUAAAUAAAUAAUUCCUUGUAUUAAAAAGCAUUUAUUAAUAAUUGUUCAAAGAUAGAUCAAUUAUUGAAUAAUGAAAAACUUUGUAGAUACAAUUCAGUAACUAAAACUGAAGAAUUAAUAGUAGCAAAAAUUUUAGAUCCAACUGAUUUGAUUUUGUUAAUGUAAUAGAUUUUAAAUCUUAUGGUUUUAGUUAAGUGGAUCUUCUUGAAAAGGAGAAGGAACUAUUGAAUUAGCUUACUCAGAUUAAAAAUAAUUUUGAAGAUUUCUUUAAAAAUUAUAUACUAAUUGGAACAUCAACAGCAGUGUUUUCAAUAAUUUUGAGUUCAUUAAUUAUAUAUGUAACAUUGAGUCCAAUCACAAAUCUAAUAUUGUACACUAGUUAAUAGAUUACUAAAGAAUUUGAUCUUAUGAGACAAUAAAUAAAUUAAAAGAUUCAUCUCAAAUAAACUAAAUAUUCCUUAAAGACUAUAUAAGAAUUGCAUUAGGCUUUUAGGAAAAUGAAUAUAAAAUUAUUGAACCAUAAGGAAGGCAGAAAAAAUAUCACAUGUACAGAACUUGAAUAAAUUUAAUUUCCUUUGAAACCUUUAGAAUCUUUGUCAUUUGAGCCUUCUAAUAUUAAGGUAAUGUUUACAAAGUUAAUUUUAGAAUUACAACUUUUAGGAAGAAGAUUUAUAAGUUUUUUAUCCAUUUGAAUAUUUGAAACUUCAUUAAAAAAGAAAAAGACAUUGGUAUAAUUAUGUUUCAAUUUGA